AGGGGUAAUUGUCCCACUGGUAUCCGCUGGGGUCAUCCUUAAAUGUUGGUAGAGUUGCUUCAUCUGUGUUGCAAGGGUCGAUUGUUGCUGCCGUAAGCUAUCAUUGUAAUACCCCAAAAUUUUCUAGAAUAUUUAAGUGAGUUAGGGACUUGUUUGAGAAAGAAAUAUUGUUUUGGGUUUAAUGGCCAACAUUUUAAAAGUUGAGGGGUUUAAAAAGAGUAGAAAUUGGAUAAGGAUGGCUUAUUUCUUUUCUCCUCUUCCUCUUUUCUGCAGCCCGAUUCUGCUUUUCUUCUUUCUUCCCGUAGCAGCCGGCAAGGAACCCAGCCAAGCCGACGCACCUCCCCUUGAGGAAACCAGUAGGAAGCUCAGAUUUUCCCCUUCCUUUCUUGCUCUAGAACACAUCUAGAACCCAGAAUUUCUCCCCCCUGCAGAGAAGAAUCCGGAUCUGCUCUGCUUGUCCGUCCGUUGCUGCUGCUAGGCCCGAAAUUCUGGGCAUUUUUCUGAUUUUGGGUAAACCCAUGGGCUUUCCCUGCAGCUUGCCACCGGCCUCUUUCCCCCUGCAGCUCCGGUUUCUACAGCUGGAGAAUUAUGGUUCCUGAUCGUUCUGUCAGUUUAGCACCGAGAUUGAGUCUUCGGUUUUAUGUGAGUGAGGAAGCGAAACCGAGGACGGGGAAACCACGGGAAGUGACGUGUUAGAAAGCUAGCCAUUUCGAGAUUGAUAUAGAUUUUAGAAAUAAAUCAUGAUCUUGUAAGAUAGAUUGUAUUUGGAGAUUUUUGGUAUCAGAGCAAAUAUUAAAAUUUUAUUUUCAGA